AUGUUUGAACAAGUUAAAUGCGGAAAAGGCAUCAUUAUUACUUCCAUUGAUUCCGUUACUUCAUUGUCUUCUGAAGAGCUCGACGACAUUUGGGCUCUUCAUUUCAUGAAAGAAGCGGAAAUGGUUUUAGAAGAUAAGGGGUGGUUUUUUUUCAUUUUGCAAAGGGAGUUGGAACGAACACGUUUCUCGAAAAGUUUAGAAGGUUACUGGAACAACAUUAUUAAGGAGUAUAAAAUAAAACAAGAUAUUUCAGAAUAUGAAGCAGAAAGGCAACAUGAGCUCAAGAAUUCCGAAAUAUCCUCGAAAGAAGAUAGUUCUGGUGAAGAUUAUUUUUUAGGAAUCGGCGGACCUGGACCUAAUGAAGGUGGUUCUAGUUCCCGGAGAUCCAUCCAAUACCAAACGAAUAGUAUGACAGAUAAUUUUCAUAUCAAUUACACCCAAGAUAAUGAGAAGGAUGGACCUAGUAUGCCAACAUUCGAUCAUGUUGACAAUAUCUCUUCAUUUAAACAGAAUAGUUAUAAUUCAACAAUUAAUGGUAGCGAAAUUGCCCCAACAUCAGAACCCACAUUCUCGAAAGAAGAUAGUUCUGGAGAUUUUGAUUUAGGAAUCGGCGGACCUGGACCUAAUGAAGGUGGUUCUAGUCCUCGGAGAUCCAUCCAAUACCAAACGAAUAGUAUGACGGAUAAUUUUCAUAUGAACGGAAAAAGCAAUUACUCCCAAGAUAAUGAGGAAGAUGUACCUAAAACCGAUAAUUCUCUAAUUCAGCUUCAUAAUGUACCUUCGGAUCUGGAAGAGGAUGAACAAAAUAAUAGAAAAAGAAAAAAAAGAACAGCACCUACAUUGACCCGUAAAUCUAAUACCCGAAACAAAGAACGGGUUAAUUAUUAUGUAGGUUCUCAGAAAAAGAAAUGCCAAAGAAAUAAACCUGUAAGUCCGUUCAUUUUGAGCAUACCCUUGGAAUACCAGUAUGACGAAGCUUCAGCUUCUGGCACAAAUGAAUAA